AUUCCACCAAGUGAGUGACACCUUUUGUGCCAGGUUCGCUUAAUGCUUUACUUCAUGUGAAAGCGUGAGUGAGUGUUUUCAUCUUUCCAGAUCUGGUAUAUUGUAACGCUUGCAUAAGAUUUGACCUGUGUACUGUACCGUUUAAAGCGCUGAUUGCUCUGUUUUUUUGGUUUUGGUUCUGAAUUCUAGUCUAUUCAACUGCAUUUCCUUUCUUAAUAUUUCUUACGGUAAUAAUUUCUGCUACAAUAUUUUGAGGGGACAAUCUUUGAGAAACCAUAUAGAUUAUUUUUUGGCAAGUACGUUCACUGAAUUUUCAAUCAAUACUGGCCUUAUAUUCAGUGUCAAAUAUGGUUUUAUGCAUUGAAACGGGCGAGGACAACGUCCCUUUCAUUCAACUUGGGACUCAUCAGCUACGACUGGACCUGGAGGAGCUUAAUGAAGAAGAGAAGGAACGAGCUGUCGAAGAAAUUAGGGAAAUUCCAGAAAAUAUCGAGCACGGUUUGAAGAAACUUCGGCAACUUAUUGAAGCUGAAAAAAGUCUGUAUGUGCCCUUAGACAACGACUCAUUUCUAAUCAAGUUUCUGAGGCCUUGUAAGUUCCAACCGGAACUGGCUUUCAAAUUUAUAAAACGGUUUUACAAAUUCAAAGUGAAACACCCCAACUAUGGUAUAAAUAUAACCCCACAGUGUGUCAGGAAAGUGUUUGAUGACCAAGUUUUUUCCUUCCUGCCAACAAGAACUUCCAGCGGAUGCAGAGUCAUGGUUAUUAAUAGUGGAGCUAAAUGGAAUCCCAAGGAAGUAAAACUGGAAGACAUGUUUAAAGCUGUGAUGGUGACUAUAGAAAUAGCUAUGCUAGAACCAAAAACUCAACUGGCGGGAGUUCACGUGAUUAUAGAUUUGGCAGGUCUUUCUCUGGUUCAUAUCUGUCAGUUUUCCCCACAAACUGCCAAACUCAUACUUGACUGGGUACAGGACUGCGCUCCUGUAAGGCUGAAAGGAAUCCAUUUGAUAAACCAGCCAUAUAUAUUUAACAUUCUUUACCAAAUGUUCAAACCUUUCCUAGGCGAGAAAUUAAAAAAAUGUUUAUUUUUUCAUGGAACCGAUAAAAAGUCACUGACCGAAAAAAUUUCUGAGGAAAGCUUGCCACCAUAUUAUGGAGGAACUGCCGAUAUUCCAGAUUUUCCAGGACGUUUGUUUUCAGAUAUGUUAUUCUUCUACGAGAGAGACUUUGAAGUAUUCAACACAUAUGGAUAUGUCACCAAGAAAGAGAAAGCGCAAGAAAAUUGAUUUGCAAGAAACUGAACAGCUACAACUGUAUUACGUAUGGAGCUGCCAUAUAUUUUUAAAUACAAGCCUAGUCUAUAGAAAGUUAUACGAGUAUAUACCAUAUUUAAAUAAUUUUUGAAACCGUUGCCAAUAAUGAUAGAUAUAACAUUUACGACAGAGUUAACUAACGUAGGGCGCAUAAUUUUAGAUUCAGAGGCGUCUUAUAAAAGAUGACUUCCAAAAAAGUAUAAUCUAGUUUUUUAUAUUUAAAAAUUAUUAUUAUUUAUAUUUAUUUUAAAUGUAUUCGAAUAAAAUAAA